CCCUUGCUCUUCUUCCUCCACAGCUCUCACACAGACUUGCCCUCAAAUGCCACCCAAGUAGGUAUCAAUGCUGACCCCAGGCAGGGGCUCGGUUGGCCCUUCUGAACCAGAACCCCAUUGUGGAAAGGUUUAGAGUUGGUAGACACUGUACUCCUGCCCUCUGCAAGGAAAACUCUGAAAACCAAUUAUCUCAUGCAAACAGGAUAUUAGCUUUUGUCAGAAAGAUCAAAAAAAGCUUGAGGUUUUCUCUUAACAGCCUCAGCCUCCCCUCCCUCUCACUCUCUUCUUUAUCUACUGAUUCCGGGCUGCAAGGCAAACCUCUCCAACUGUGGGCAGGAAGAGAUGGCAGCGGGUGAGACGCAGCUCUACGCCAAGGUCUCCAACAAACUCAAGAGCCGAAGCACCUCCUUGCUCCUGGAGCCCCUCCUGGCGCUGGGCUUCCCGGCACACACCGCGCUCAAAGCGCUCGCAGCAACUGGCAGAAAGACGGCAGAAGAGGCACUAGAUUGGCUACAUUGUCACUGCAAUGACCCUUCUCUAGACGACCCCAUCCCUCAGGAGUACGGCCUCUUCCUCUGUCCCACUGGGCCCCUGCUGGAAAAACUACAGGAGUUCUGGAGAGAGAGCAGGCGUCAGUGCGCCAAGAACAAAGCUCAUGAGAUCUUCCCUCACGUGACUCUCUGUGACUUCUUCACGUGUGAAGACCAUAAAGUGGAAUGUCUAUACGAGGCUCUAAAGAGAGCUGGGGACCGGAUCCUGGGCUCCUUCCCCUCCGUGAUUCCUCUGGUUCUCCACUCCUCCGUCAGCUACCUCGGCUUCUUCAUCCAUGACAGCUCCGCAGACAUCAUCCGGGAGUUCGCCAUGUCAUUUGCCACCGAAGCGUCUGUCUUAGCAGACUGCACCGUGAAACCCUGCACCAAGCAGCUCCACCUGACUCUGGCCCACAAGUUCUACCCACACCACCAGAGGACGCUGGAGCAGCUGGCCAGAGCCAUCCCCCUGAGCCCCGGCUGCCAGUGGACGGCCACCCUGUACUCCCGAGACAUGCGCUUCGUACACUACCAGACCUUGAAGGCCACAUUCCAGUAUAAACCCCAGAACACGGAUGAGCUGAAUCUAAGCCCUGGUGACUACAUCUUUGUGGACCCAACUCAGCAGAAGGAAGCCAGUGAAGGCUGGGUGAUCGGGAUCUCACGGUGGACGGGCUGCCGGGGCUUCCUACCUGAGAACUACACAGAGCGAGCCAAUGAGUCUGACACCUGGGUGAAGCACAGGACUUACACCUUCAGUCUAGCCAUGGACCUGAACUCCAGAAGGGAUGGCGAAGCCAGCAGCAGACGCAAUGGAGAGUUCCAUCCUCCACAAACAUCCAGGAGUCUUAGCAGCGUGCAGGCUUUGCAGGCCACAAUCUUGAGAAGAAGUGUUUUGGUGGUGCGCCAUGGAGAGAGAGUGGAUCAGAUCUUCGGGAAGUCGUGGCUACAACAGUGUUCCACUCCAGAUGGAAAAUACUACAGACCAGACCUGAACUUCCCUUGCAGUCUGCCCAGACGGAGGAAUGGUAUCAAAGAUUUUGAAAAUGAUCCACCAUUAUCAUCAUGUGGAAUUUUCCAGUCCAGACUUGUAGGGGAAGCACUACUGGACAGUGGCAUCAGAAUCACUUCCGUCUUUGUCUCCCCAGCCCUCCGCUGUGUGCAAACAGCCAAACACAUCCUGGAAGAGCUCAAACUGGAGAAAAAAAUUAAGAUAAGAGUGGAACCCGGAAUCUUUGAAUGGACAAAGUGGGAGGUCGGCAAAAACAUUCCCACCCUCAUGACCCUGGAAGAGCUGAAAGAGGCAAAUUUCAAUGUCGAUGCUAAUUACAGAUCCCUUCUCUGGGUAUGUGCUUCUGUGAAGAAAAUACAAAGGAAGGAAAAUGGGAGUUGGUGGAUCCUCCCGUGAAGACACUGACUCAUGGGUCCAAUUCAGCAUUUAACUGGAGAAACUGGAUUCUGGGCAGCUAAGAACCAACUUUUUGUUUUCAAUAACUUCAUAAUGAAGAGGUGAAAAGUCUUUGCCAAGGCUGUAAAGUACUAUUAUUUGAAGGUAUUUUAGGCUCACCCAAUGUGAGUUGUAGCUGCACAAAAUGCACUUUUACAUUCCAGAACAUUUGUCAUCUGGUUUUACGUCUGUUAGCAAACCUGAGGGUCCAUUCGCCCACGAGUGUGGCUGUGCAGAGCUCAGAGCAGACGGCUGGGUCCUGGUACCAUGUUGCUAACCGGGGCACAAGAUACUGUGAUGUGAAAGUGAAAGUUGUGGCUUGGAGUGGACAUGAGGAACCAUGACUCUAAUUUCCAAGAAUUAAAGACCCAUCACCAAAAAAAAAAGGAUAUAUUCACUUUAUUUCAUGCGUUCUUUUUAGUCAACAUUCCCACUGGGUUUUCCUUUUUCCAUUUCUAUC